GCCCUUAAUAGUGUAUAGUCCUCGGGAAGCGACAUCGAUGGGUUAUGCGCAGUAGGACCAACAGUCAAAUUUUAAAAAUUUAGUCACCAUGUCAACUUUAUUCUCUUCUGUCAAACACAUUUUAAUCCGUUCAAAAUGUCAGAAAAAUAAGUUUUUUUUUUGAAUUAAUUACAUUUUACAUUGUUUAUUAAUUUUCAAAAACCAAAAAUUUCAAAGAAAAUAUAAUUAUUUCAUAUAAACAGUUACUUGUUACUCGAAUCAUUUUUAAAGUUAGGUUAAUGUCAGAAACGUGAUCAUUUUUAAAAAAUAUUCAUUAAAAUGUAUGGAUUAUAUAGAAUUUCAUAUGGAUUUACCAACAAUGCGGUACGUUUCUAUUCACGAGAGCCUGCAAAGAGGACAUCAUUUCUGGCUAGGCUUUAUGAAAACUUCAAGGAUGAGAUGGCGAAGAAUAAGGAAAUGAAAGAAUCUUUAAAAAAGUUUCGCGAAGAAGCUCAGAAAUUAGAACAAAGUGAUGCAUUAAAAGCAGCUCGCCAAAAAUUUGAAACUGUAGAAAAAGAAGCUAGUAAAAGUAGUGAAGUUUUUAAAGAGAGUUUAGAUUCCAUUAAAGUAAAAGUUAAAGGCGUUAUAGAUGAAGCCAGUAAAUCUGAUUUAGCUAAAAAGGCUGGUAAAUUUACGGAGGGUGUGGGUAAAACAACUCACAGAAUUAGCGAAACAGCACAGGAAAUCAGCAAGACUGGUGCAUUUCAAAGUAUAUCCGAAGCUACAAAGGCUGUCAAACAAGAAAUAGAUAAUACAAGCAUGGAAGGGCGAGUAUAUGUAAGUCCCAAGAAACUAAGAAAAAGAACAGAAACCAGUGCAGUUGUUCAACAAAAGUAUUAUGAAGCUAAUACCGAUGCAACAGGUGUAGAAUUACAUAAAGACUCUAAAUUUUAUGAAUCUUGGCAAAAUUUCAAAGAUAAUAAUCCGUAUGUGCAUAAAGUUAUGGACUGGAAAUUAAAAUUUGAUGAAAGUGAAAAUCCAAUAAUUCGAGCUUCUAGAGUGCUUACUGAAAAAGUUGGAGAUAUAAUGGGAGGCCUUUUUCAAAAAACCGAACUUUCGGAGACCCUAACAGAGAUUUGUAAGAUAGAUGCCACAUUUGACACAAAAAGAUUUUUAAAACAGUGCGAGACUGAUAUAAUUCCAAAUAUUCUCGAAGCUAUGACUAAAGGUGACUUAGAAAUUUUAAAGGACUGGUGUCAUGAGGGUCCAUUUAAUCUCUUUGCCGUUCCUAUUAAAGAAGCCUACAAGAAGGGAUAUAGAAUUGAGUCAAAAAUCCUGGAUAUCGAUCAUGUAGAUUUAGUAAUGGGAAAAGUCAUGGACCAAGGGCCAGUUCUUAUUAUUUCUUUUACCUCGCAACAAGUAAUAGCUUUGCGGGAUGCUUCUGGAGGAGUUAUCGAGGGGGAUCCAGAUAAAGUCAUGAGAGUGAAUUACGUAUGGGUACUAUGUAGAGAUGUUACAGAACCUGAUCCUAGAGCCGCUUGGAGACUCCUUGAUCUCUCUGCGAGCAGCAACGAACAAUUAGUAUAAGAUAUGGUCUAUUAAGAGAACGGGAUUUUUAUUUAAGAGAAAGCGAUAUUUGAUCUUCUUCGUGUUAUUGAUUUGGAAGAAAGAUCAAAAACGAAAUGAAGAGUUUUGAUGGUAACAAAUACUGACACUAAGGAAAAAGGAUGAAUUAUUAUCAUACAUUUAUUCCGUGAUUUGCAAACUACUUUUUGAAAUCGAAGCAAAAGUUUAAACCGGUGAUUCAGUGUUUAAAUGCAAAUGGAAAAAAAUGAAUCUGUAUUAUUUUGUAUAAGAUUCCUAUUUUUCUUUAAAUGUACAAAUUUUUAAUAUAAAAAGUGUAAAUACAUUAAAUAAUUUUGCAAUAAAAUUGUUGAUUUUU